AUGGUCCUCUACUACAAGAGUGCCAUUGUCGAACCAGCGGCGUUCAUCUACGUCGGCAAGGACAAGGUCGAAAAUGAGGACCUGAUUGCGCACGGCUGGCCCGAGGACGUGUGGUUCCACGUCGACAACCUGUCGUCGGCCCACGUCUACUUGCGCAUGCGCGACGGCGAGACAUGGGAUGCCAUCCCCACCGAACUCCUCACCGACUGCGCCCAGCUCACCAAAGCCAACUCGAUCGAGGGCAACAAGAAGGACAAUAUCACCGUCAUCUACACACCAUGGGCCAAUUUGAAGAAGACGGGCGCCAUGGCCACUGGACAGGUCAGCUUUUAUGAUUCUAAAAAGGUCAAGCGCGUCUACGUCGAGAAGCGGGAGAAUGCGAUUGUGAAUCGCCUGAACAAGACCAAGGUCGAGAAAUUUCCCGAUCUGCGGCAGGAAAAGGCAGAUCGUGAGGCGGAGCUGCGGAAGCGCGAGCGCAUACUACAGCAGGAAAMGGUAAUGCUGCUGGAGAAUUGGACAACAACAUGUUGUGCUGCGCAGCUCAAGUGGCAAAAGGAACACAUGUAUGAUGAUAUCCACACCGAGGAGAAUCUCGCACAGACGAGCAACCAGGACAGGGAGGAGGGGUACAUCUCCGACGAUUUCAUGUGA